GACACACGGUCCAGCGCCAUGGGAAUCAGCGAAGGAUGCGCGGAGGCUACUCACCUGACGAGGCUGACGAUCGUGUUGCUGUUUCUGGGCAGUGUCAGCAACUGGAUCGCAUUCUGCACCGACUCCUGGUCUCUGAGCACCGACAUAUUUGACAACCUAGGUGUCGGACUUUGGCGGCGUUGCUCGCUCGACGGACUCUGCGUCACCACCGACGGCACCCGACAUGAAUGGUUCGCCGGGGUGCAAUCGUGUGAAGUUUUCGCUUUCAUGGGAAUGAACAUCGCCGCCAUCCUCGCCAUCCUGUACGCCUUCAAGAAGUCCUGUCGGUACAACACUGAGGUCAGGGUGGGCAUCGUCCUCGGCGGCAUUGUGGGAGGCGCUGGUCAUCUGACUGCUGUUAUUGUGUUUGGCAUCCUGAGGAGGUCGUUAUAUUCGUCGACUUACAGCUCGAGAGAAGCUUACAGCUUACGAGAGAAGCUCGGUUUCUCCUACGGUUUUGCAGUUGCCGCCUCCUUCUUCUCCUUUGCCUCUGCCAUUGUCACCGCCAUAGACAUAUUCGUGUCGCCCACCAGCAGCCCACCCCGUUCAAAAGAAACUGGUCCUUGGAAUGAUCUUACGAGCACCGGGCCCUAGGAGCAACUCGUCCUGAGAGACGCGAACUGUUGAGGUUUCACGAGCGAGCUUGGACAUUUGAUAUUGUUGGUGAUACAGAGAGAUGAGGGUGUGGUCACCCGUCCACAAGACGACUGUCCCCUACAGGGGUGUGUUUUUAUUAGGUUAGUCAUAGAAAAUAUAUAUUUGUGGACUGAGGAAACAUCAGCUACUAGUGACUGCAACUGAGUCGUGAGUACAGUGAGCGGUGUUUAGCAGCGACAUCGUGAGUACCAACCAUCGACGGACGAUAACUGAGAAAAAAUGUAUCUGAAUUGAGAUUUUGGUUCUUUUACCUUUAUCGUUUAUUGUUCAUGCAGCGGUUCCUGUAACAUUUCUUUUCAUAAAUAAAUCUUAGACAGGACCUGCAAGAGGCAGAUGUAGCUGUCUUUGUUCAGAACAGGUGUGUGGGUAUUUGUGCGUGUUCACGUGUAUGUUAAUAAAGGUUGCCAGGAGUA